AUGAAUCUGCAAUGCAACAUCAAAUGCCCCAAGAGAGAAAAUCUUUAUCCUCACGAAGAAGAAUCUGUCCAGGUCAACAACGCAGGCCACGCCCCCUUAUACGCCAUGGGGACCAUCACCCCCGAAACCUUCAACGACAUGUUCCACCUCAACGUGCUCGCGCCCCUCCUCUACGUCCAGUCCGUCCUGCCCAUCAUCCGCCGCGGCGGCAGCAUCAUCAACCUCGGCAGCAUCGGCGCCCGCACCACCCUCGGCGGCGACGUCGCCAUCUACUGCUCCAGCAAGGCCGCCCUCGAACACCUCACGCGCAACCUCGCCGUGACGCACAGCGCCGCCAAGGGCAUCACCAUCAAUAACGUCGCCCCCGGCGCGACGGAUACCGAUGCCGUCGCCGGGCUCCCGCACGAAUUGGUGAGUAUCGUGAAGAAUGAAUGGACCGCUUUGAGGCGGCUGGGGACUCCCGAGGAGAUUGCGGAUUGCGUCUGUUUCCUCGCCGGGGGCGGGGGUGCGAGGUGGAUUAAUGGGGCUACGAUUGCUGCGUGUGGUGGGGCUUCGAUGUAG